ACCCGACCUCUUGGACUUUUCCAUUGGGACUUCGAGACAACGUGUCAGGACUGCAAUCGCCUUGACUCUCUUCAAGUAACGAGCACGAUAAUCACCAAGCCCCUAUCUACCUUACUUAUCAAAGACAUCCGUGUCCAACCCCCACAAUGGCUACCAACAUCACCUGGCACGCAGGCCUCACCCGCACCGAGCGCAGCGAGCUCCGCAAACAACGAGGCUGCACAGUCUGGUUCACGGGGCUGUCGGCCUCGGGCAAAUCCACCAUUGCCACCGCCCUCGAGCAGCACCUCCUGCAUCUCGGUCUGCAGACGUACCGCCUCGACGGCGACAAUGUGCGCUUCGGCCUGAACAAGGACCUGGGCUUCUCGCCGCAAGAUCGCGUGGAGAAUAUCCGGCGUAUUGCGGAGGUGGCGAAGCUGUUUGCUGAUUCCACGACCAUUGCUUUGACCUCCUUCAUCUCGCCGUACAAGGCCGAUCGCCAAGUCGCUCGCGAGCUGCACGCCGAUACGAAGAACACCGAUUCCCCGCUGCCGUUCAUUGAGGUGUAUGUUGACGUGUCCAUCGAAGAGGCGGAGAGGAGAGAUCCCAAGGGGUUGUACAAGAAGGCCAAGGCCGGGGAGAUCAAGGAGUUCACGGGCAUCAGUGCGCCGUAUGAGGCACCAGAGAAUCCGGAGAUCCAUAUCCACUCCAAGGACACGCCGGUGGAGGAGGCGGUGUUGAUCAUCACCAAGUACUUGGAGGAGCAUGGACUGUUGAAGCUGGCGUAGGCAUGGUACGUAUAUAACCUCGCAUAGAUGAUGUGGAAAUGUGAACAGACUUGGACAUGAACAA